GUAUGUCCUGCUUGUCACAAGCGCCUGAGGACAACCCAAGGACUGGCUACUCAUCUUAGUACCGCCAAGUCUUGUAGAUGGUACAAGAAAGGGAAGCUGAGGGCUUUAACCCUUCCAGGAGAAUUCGCAGUUGAUGAAGAUGUACUGAUGCGAGAAAUAAAUGAGCCUCUUACGGAUGGACUGGAAGAACAAAUGGAGGAGGAACCAGGUCAAGUUAUGGAAGACUACCAUGAUAGACUCUUCGAUCUCAUUCCAAUCGGGAACCCA